GGCAGCCGGCGCAGCGCGUACCUUUCCCUUUUUUGGGAUUGGGGCUGGCGGGGCAGGUCACGGGAGCUGCGAGUCCUCGCUCCCGCCGGCCCCUUCCCCGCCGCGGGACGCGGCAGGUACAGCCUGAAGGCGGUGGGAAAGGCAUAUCAUUCAGAAGAUAACCAUAUUGUAAUAUGAUGAAACUUGUGUUUACCGCUGUUACAGAACAGAAAAAAGUCAGCAUAUGUGAGCAAUAAAGCAGAAAUAAAAGCUUGUUACUGACAGAAUAUGUGCUGCUAAAAAUGUGUAUAUAGAUGCUGUCAUUUCAAUUUUCAGAAGAAAAUGCUGUCUAUUUAACUGCAGAAGAACAAGGCUUUGUCUUCCUGUAAUUCUGAAGUGAAAGUUGUCAUCAACAAGAAAACUAAAACCUUUAAAAGAUAGGCAUUAGUAGUAGAAUGCUGAAACAAACUUCUGGAUUAGCUUCAUUGGCUUUCCUGCUUCUUUUGCAUCCCAAAGCAUAAGCUCAAAUCGUCCCAGAAGGACAAGGUCCGCCAGUUUAUGGCAUUUACCCAGGCUGGUGAAAGGACUGCUAUAUACUGCUUAACACAGAAUGAAUGGAAACUAGAAGUGGCAACAGACAACUACUUCCAGAAUCCAGACUUGUACUACAAAGAAUCCAUGAAAAAUUCAGUAGACAAGAAGAAAUUAGAACAACUGUAUAAUCGAUACAAAGACCCACAAGAUGAAAAUAAAAUUGGCAUUGAUGGGAUUCAGCAGUUCUGUGAUGACUUAAGCCUGGACCCAGCCAGUAUCAGUGUUCUGGUUGUGGCAUGGAAAUUCAGGGCAGCUACUCAGUGUGAAUUCAGUAAAAAGGAAUUUGUUGAUGGCAUGACAGAGUUGGGGUGUGACACCACAGAAAAGCUAAAAGCUCUAUUGCCAAGACUGGAACAAGAGCUAAAGGAUCCAGCAAAGUUCAAAGAUUUUUAUCAGUUUACUUUUAACUUUGCUAAAAAUCCUGGACAAAAAGGUCUAGAUCUAGAAAUGGCAAUUGCAUACUGGAAUUUAGUCUUGUCAGGAAGAUUUAAAUUUUUAGAUCUUUGGAAUAAAUUUUUGUUGGAACAUCAUAAAAGAUCAAUUCCAAAAGAUACUUGGAAUCUUUUGUUAGAUUUUGGAAAUAUGAUUGCAGAUGAUAUGUCCAACUAUGAUGAAGAAGGAGCGUGGCCUGUUCUAAUAGAUGAUUUUGUGGAGUAUGCACGACCAGUAGUCACAGGAGGAAAACAUAAAACUUCCUAACCCCAGACUUGUUGGUAUGGACUAAAUGAACUGCACAGGGUAAUGAAGAUUUGUUAGCUGAUAACUGCGUGUUGGUGCUGGUCUCAGUGGUAGUGAUGACAUUCUGCAGACAAAACUGAAAUUCUUCCUUUCUGCCUAAAGAAAAUGAUGACUGACAUGUGGACACUUCAAGAACAAACUCAGAAGAUCCAAGCUGUUUGUAGGCUGUUGGCUUCAAUUAUUCUACUGGUUGUAUAAUAUAGGAUGUAGAUUUUGCAUGAUUUUAUACUUUGGAGAAAUUUAACUAGAGGCCAUUUUAUUACAGUUUUGACAGCAGAGCAUGCCAUUCAGUUCAUAAUCCAAAGUGAACACCAGCAGUUACAUAAAUAAAAAAUGUAUUAUAUUGUACUUAUAUUAAAAGCAGUAUUUGUGUUAUAUAAAUUAAAUCCAUAAAUAAAACUUAUGCAUUAUGUUGUAUUUUUAUAAAAGUUCUCUGCAUCUGUCUUAACACAGAAUUAUAAAAAAGCCCAAACAAUGAACUUUUGUUUUUAACUUACUGCCAUAUUUUUAAUUUGUGUUUUCACAUCCUAGAUGUAUACAGUGAUUACAUCCAGCCUUUUGCUUUCUCCCAGUGAAUUUUUGUUCCUCAUUUUUCUUCUGGAACUGCAUGGACAUGUAACAAUAGCAUUGCUGAGGCCAGGCUGCUGUUCUAUGCUGUGUUGUAACUCCAGCUUUUUUAGUACCCAUUUUAAGGUUGACAUUAAACAACCAAAGAUGCUUUUAUAAUUCGUGUUUAGUUAUCAUAAUUCAGUUGGUCUCCAAUUAUGUGUUUUAUUUCUUUUUAAUAAGGAACUGGCGGAAUAUGGAUUUUAUUUGAAGCUUGAAACAUAUCAUAAAUUGUAGCUAUAUGCAACAUAGUUGCAAAUGUAUUUCCUGGAACUUCUCAUGGAAAAUACACGUGAAUAAGCCAAACUUGUUGGCUUCCACUUUAUACUAAUGAUAGUCUUCAUGCCUGUGAAUGUAUUGUGCAUUCAGUUGUAUUUCUAUAAGGGAGGAAAAAAUCAAAUUAAUGCAGUUUCAGUGAUCUCAAGGCUGUUGAAAUUGGACCAGUUUUCACCAAAUCUGAAUUUGUUCACUCGUUUCUCCCCUUUGCUGGCCACUGAUUAUGAAGUGCACAGAGGUGUCUGUCUCUUCUCAUCAGUGUCUUCUGAUGUCUAAGCACAAAAAAGUUUUACCAGAAACUCUUCAGCAUGUCUUCGCACAAGGCUCUUGCAAAUGCUACCUCAUCAAAAUGAGUUUGUCAUAGCCACUGUAAAAAUUUGUUAAAAUGAAGAGUUGCUAAAGAGUAUGUACAGCUAUGAUCAAUAUAUUUUCUGUAUUUAAGGCUGAAUAUAUGUGAGAAUUUUGGAGAAAAUAGUGCAUUAAGUUAUAUAAAUUGUAAUUGUUUGGAUUGUUGAAGUGUUGCAUGACAGCUGACUAAUUUAUUUUGUAGUUCCCAGGGUAUAAAAGCUUACAACAUUCUCCUAAACUCUAAUAUUUAGAGUUUCAUACAAGGAGUCAGCUUUCAUUAUGUCACCACAACCUGCAAGAACAAGUGUCCAUGCUGCAUACAAACACUGCCUUCAUUCUUCCACUUGAUAGAAUUUCAGUUGUGCAUGAUGUUUAAAAAGCAGGACGAGGAAAAAUUUGAAAGAAUUUGUGGCUUUUGUUCUUAGUAAGAGCCUAGCAAGCAAUUUACAAAUGCCCUGUGAGUGAUUUGUUAUGGAUAUUUGUGUCUUUGUUGUGUGUGUCAGCCCUGGCUGAGCAGCCGCCAGGUGUCAGCGUCUGAGCUUGCUGCUGCCUGGUGCUCCUGUGCAUACUUAUCCACUGAGGUUAUCCUAAAUUAACUGCUUUCUGACUGCAUCUUUUUAGAAGGGCAUUUGUGUAUGUAACUCCAAGUAUUCUGCAGAAGUCAGUGGAGAGCUAGAACUAGUUAUGCUCUCUUUACUGUGGUUGAUUUAUCUAUGCCUCCUCCCUAAAACAAGCCAUUUCUGUGUCUGUCCUGCAGGCUUUGCAGAAUGUGUAACGAGUGCGUUUACCUAGCCAGAAGCAGUGGAAUGCUUGUUAUUCACACAAUUGCCACUUAAAAUCUAUAGAUAAAAUUUACCUGACCAGAAGUAGCUUAAUCAAAUGAUACCUGAUGUAGCUGAACUUUCAUAGCACUAAAGCUUUGCACUGAAACAUUUGCACAUGGUGAGAGCUCCAUCAAAUCAUUCUGGUGAACCUUCUAGCUUUUAAAAUAAAUAGAGCAUAAAAAACGCAUGUGGGUUGAGGUUUAUUUUCCUUGUUAGUCGGAGCAAGAAGGAAGGUGCUUAGCCCAGGAUUUAGUGUGUGUGUGUGUGUAUACAUAUAUAUGUAUACACAUGCACACAUUUACUCUUAAACCUCAGUCCUGGGGGGGAUCCUUCAUGGGUGACAGCUUCCAGCAGACCAAGACUGGGCAAAAUACUCCAAAGAUGGUAGUUGAAUAUUGUCAGACAGCUCUUGAUGUUUGCUCUGCUUUUCCUUUUUCUUCUAUUCUUCCUGAUCCUCUACCCAUUUUAGACCGCAUGUGAUUUUUACAUUCCCAUACAUAAUAGCAUGAAGUAACAUCUUUCCACUUGAACAGUUGUAAAAAAAAUGCAAACUCCUUUCACCUUACAAGUUUCUUACAUAUUUUAAUAAUUUGCUGCUGUCUACUUUACAGGGUACUCUGGCUUCCAUUUUAAGUAAACUGAUACAGUGGUAACACCUAGGCUGCUGAAUUUAUAAUCCUAAAUGGUAAGAUGUCUUCAAGUUGUUCAGUGCAUACAGUAUUACUUCACAGAUAUGCUGUAUGUAUUUUUAAACUUGGUGCCAAGUUGUUUGGUUUGAAACUGAGCCAUAGGAUUUGUACUUGCCAAUUCUAAAUUUAAAUGUUAUUUAUCAUGUGUGUCAUGCCAAGGAGAGCAAACCUGCAGGUAUCUGCUCAUUCAAUGCAUCUGGGAGAUUUGCUGCUCAGUAAGCUGUAUGUGUGUGUAUAUUUUUUGGCAAUGGAAAAAGGAAUAAAUGGACUGUCAAAGGAUUGAAGUCAGUCAUGUGAGAUGUCUGUAUAGUUCUCGUCGUUUUUCUGCUUUAGAAGUCUUGGUUUAGUUGGAGGUUUUUGUUGUUUUCUGGUUCAUUUUUUAGGUGGUUGUGUUACUACAUCAGUGAGAAGAGGGCAAGGAUGUAACUCAUUAAUUUUUAAAUGACGUUAAUAAAUGUAUGGUUUGGUCA